AAAGAAACCACAUCCACUUAUUCCAAGCUAAACUUCCAAAGCCAUCCAUGGCCACUAUCUUCUCUCCUUCAGCCAUCCUCUCAUCCUCCUCUAACACCACCCCAUCCUCUCCAAAACCACCAUCCAAAUCCCAACUCACAAUUCCACCUCCAAAAACAGCCUUAACUAACUUAACCACAACUUUGACUGCCACAGCUCUAGCCACAACAAUUCUAACCACCUCAACACCACCUUCACUAGCUGCAGUCUCACCCUCAAAUUACUUCAUAUACUAUGGCACAGCUGCUAGUGCAGCCAAUUAUGGCGGUUAUGGCGGCAACUCGGACAAGAAAGCAUCAGCAGAGUACAUUUACGACGUCCCGGAUGGAUGGAAGGAGAGGCUAGUAUCCAAGGUUGAGAAGGGAACAAAUGGCACAGACAGCGAAUUCUACAAUCCCAAAAAGAAGCAGGAGAAGGAAUAUUUGACUUAUCUUGCCGGUUUUCGGCAACUGGCACCAAAAGAUGUUGUGCUGAACAACUUGGCUUUGUCAGAUGUUAGUCUGCAAGACCUUAUUGCUAGUGCAGAUAGUGUUACAUCAACUGAGAGGCAGGAUGGGAAUGGACAAGUGUAUUACGAUUAUGAAAUUCAGGGACUUGGGGCUCAUAGCUUGAUAUCAGUAACCUGUGCAAACAACAAGUUAUAUGCUCACUUUGUCAAUGCACCAGCACCAGAAUGGAAUAGGGACCAAGAUGCUUUAAGGCACCUUCACCAGUCAUUUAAAACAGUUGGAUAGAAAUAGUACAUCAGUGUGUCUUGCUAUUUGCAUAAUUUUGUCCAUGAGGAAAAGAAAGCUAGUUGAAGAAGUAAUAAAAGGUUUCUUGUGAAUGUUUUUUGAUGACUGAUUAUAUGUUUCUGUUUUGCUUCUGUUGGAUGGGUUGUUUUCCAUAUGAAGGUGUAACUAAAAUGGUUUCUUUGAGAGGAAAAUUGUGUUUCUGGAA